CAACACGCUUUAUUUUGACAAACAUUUCCCAUAAAAUAAAGAGAGAAAGAAUACCGAAAGCCAAAGCCAAGGCCAAAGCCAAACUCUCUCUCUUUAAAGCUUUCGAAGCAAGAACAACUUCAACCAACAAGAAGAAGAAGAAGCAAAAAAAAAAAAAAAACUCAUCUCUUUUCCAAGUCUUUCUUUUUGUCUCAAUUAUUUAUAAAUAAUAAGAAAUUUGUUUGAUCGAUUGUUAGUUUGUUGAUCAGUUUGGAGUUUGAGGAUCAUCGUGAUUGUGGUAUUGUACAGAUACGUUUCUUUUUUUGUUUUUCUUGUGUAAAUUUGGUGUAUGUAUAAUUGAUGAUGAUGGAGACGCCGGAAAGUGGGAGAGCGGUGGCGUUGGAAUUUCCGGCGAGUGAGACGCCGUCAUUUUCCCGUGUGCCGAGGAGGAUUCGGAAGAGGCUUCUUGCCGAGUGCAAGACUCCUUGUACUGUUGAAGAAAUCGAAGCCAAGCUUCGACACGCCGAUCUUCGUAGACAGCAAUUUUAUGAAAGUGUGUCAAGCAAGGCAAGAUCAAAGCCAAGAAGCCCCUCCAGAUCCUCAUCACAUGAGGAAGACCUUGGUCAGCGCUUGGAAGCAAGGCUCCAAGCUGCUGAGCAGAAAAGGUUGAGCAUUUUGGCAAAGGCUCAGAUGCGCCUUGCCAAGUUAGAUGAGUUGCGGCAAGCAGCAAAAACUGGGGUAGAAAUGCGUUUCAAGAAGGAACGAGAGAAGCUUGGAACGAAAGUGGAAUCACGGUUUCAGCAGGCGGAGGCUAAUAGAAUGCUUAUCCUUAAGGCUUACAGCCAGCGUAGGGCGACAAUAAAGGAGAGAUUAUCCCAAUCAUUGUCACGAAGGAUGGCUAGAGAAAGUAAAUAUAAAGAGCGUGUGCGUGCUGCCAUUCAUCAAAAGCGUGCAGCUGCUGAGAAGAAGCGACUGGGGCUGCUGGAAGCAGAGAAGAAGAAAGCCCGUGCUAGGUUUUUGCAAGUUCGAAGAGUGGCUAAGUCUGUCUGUCACCAGCGUGAGGUUGAGAGAAGCAGAAUGAGGGACCAGUUGGAAGACAGACUACAAAGGGCAAAGAGACAAAGAGCAGAGUACUUGAGGCAGAGAGGAAGGCCACAUAAAUCUGUUCAAGUGAAUUGGAAUAGGAUGCACAGGCAAGCUGAUCUUCUUUCUAGAAAAUUAGCAAGGUGCUGGAGGCGGUUCCUUAGGCAGAGAAAAACUACUUUAGACUUGGCAAAAGCCUUUGAUGCCUUGAAAAUCAAUGAGAAUUCCAUAAAGUCAAUGCCAUUUGAACAACUUGCUCUUCUGAUUGAAUCAAUUACUACCCUUCAAACUGUGAAGGCUUUGCUUGAUCGCAUUGAGAGCCGUGUUAAGGCCUCUAGGGUAGUAAGUGCUACUGAUCAUCUAUCCAGUUUGGAUAACAUUGAUCACCUUCUCAAAAGAGUUGCUACUCCAACAAAGAAGAGUACUACUCCCAGGACCUCUAUGAGGGGCAGAGAGGCUAAGAAAGUUGUUUCAGUUAGGGAGGCUGCCAAAAGUCUUGCUAAAUUAUCAAGGUAUCCAGUCAGAGUAGCACUUUGUGCAUACAUGAUAUUGGGUCAUCCUGAGGCAGUUUUUAGUGGUCAGGGAGAGCGAGAGAUUGCUUUGGCCAAAUCUGCAGAAGCAUUUGUUCGAGAGUUUGAGUUGUUGAUAAAGAUUAUUUUAGAGGGUCCCAUACAGAGUUCUGACGAAGAAUCUGACUCUGCAUUGCCUAAACGUUUGACCUUUAGGUCACAGCUUACAUCAUUUGACAAAGCUUGGUGCUCCUACUUGAAUUGUUUUGUGGUGUGGAAGGUGAAGGAUGCUCAGUCUUUGGAGGAGGACUUGGUAAGAGCAGCGUGCCAGCUUGAGCUCUCUAUGAUUCAAAAGUGCAAGUUGACUCCGGAAGGAGAUAAUACUGCUCUUACUCAUGAUAUGAAGGCUAUUCAAAGACAGGUUACGGAAGAUCAAAAACUUUUAAGGGAGAAAGUGCUACAUUUGAGUGGAGAUGCUGGUAUUGAGCGAAUGGAAUGUGCCCUAUCUCAAACACGGGCUAAAUUUUUCCAAGCAAGGGAAAGUGGGAGCCCUAUGGGGUCACCAAUUACACCCUUCCUGUCUCCAAACACACAUGGUUCCCCUAGUUCUUCUGCUAGAACCGAUAAUAGAAGUGAUCUGACUCAGAUGCCAAACCGUGUUGUCCGCUCUCUGUUUAAGGAAGAUGGCACAUCCCCAUCCAAAAAUUCUGGUUCCUCUGUGCCUAGCAGCAGCCAUUCAGAUGCUCAGUUGGGUACUUAUAUUGAAAAGCAGCGGGUCACUGAAAAUGAAUUGAUAGUUCAUGAAUUUUUUCAUGAGCAGCUUGGGUUUGUUGAUAGCUUCAGUGUCACUGACGAAGAUCAAAUCAGCAUAAAGGCGAAGAUAAGGGAAACAAUGGAGAAGGCUUUCUGGGAUGGGAUCACGGAAUCUAUGAGACAGGAUGAGCCCAAUUAUGACCGAGUUAUUGAGCUUGUGAGGGAAGUUAGGGAUGAAAUUUGUGAGAUGGCUCCUCAGAGUUGGAGAGAAGAAAUAACUGAUGCUAUUGAUCUAGAAAUCCUCUCCCAGGUGCUGAAGUCAGGAAACCUGGACAUUGAUUAUCUUGGAAGGAUUCUGGAGUUUGCAUUGAUCACUUUGCAGAAGCUCUCCUCGCCAGCCAAUGAUGAUGAAAUGAAGGCUGCUAACCAGAGUUUAUUGAAAGAGUUAGCUGAGAUUUGCGAAGCCAGAGAGAAGCCAAAUAAUUCUCCUGCCCUUGCAAUGAUCAAGGGUCUGCGCUUUGUCUUGGAGCAGAUUCAGAAUCUAAAGCGAGAGAUAAGCAAAGCUCAUAUAAGGAUGAUGGAGCCAUUGUUAAAGGGACCUGCUGGUUUGGAUUACCUUAGGAAAGCUUUUGCAAACCGUUAUGGAUCUUCUUCUGAUGCUUACACUUCUCUACCGUUGACCAUGCGGUGGCUUUCAUCUGUGAGGAAUUGCAAAGAUCAAGAGUGGGGAGAACACCAAAAUUCUCUGUCAACUUUGAAGGCACAGGAUAGUUCAUCGCAGGGGCUUCUUACUUCCAUCACCCUGAAAACUGGUGGAAGCUAUAAUUCAGAAAAUGCAAGCCAAAAGACUUUUAUCAACCCGAAUGCUUCUGCUAGGAGUGUUACAGGUCAACAACCAGAAUGCAAGGGAGAGAUAGUUGAUAUACUGCUGAGGCUUGGUUUGCUAAAGUUAGUUAGUGGAGUUUCUGGUCUAACACCAGAUGCUUUGCCCGAAACCUUCAUGCUUAACCUCUCGAGACUGAGGGGUGUUCAGGCUGAGAUUCAGAAGAUCAUUGUAAUAUCCACAAGCAUUCUUAUUUGUCGGCAAAUCCUCUUGAGCGAGGAAGUAGUAUCUAGCCCUACAGACAUGGAAAGCAUAAUAUCGAAGUGCACUGAGCAACUCUUGGUGCUCUUAGACCGUGUCGAAGAUGUAGGAAUUGAAGGCAUUGUUGAAAUAAUUAGUGGGUUCUCUAGAGAUGGUGACCAAGUAGCAGACACCGAGAAGCUUCAAAUGAGGAAAGUCAUGAUGGGCAGGAUGCUAGCAAAGGGCUUGCAAGCUGGGGAUGCGGUGUUUGAAAGGGUGUCCCGUGCUGUUUAUUUAGCUUUCAGAGGGAUUGUGCUAGGUGGGAGCAGUUCCCACGGAAGAAAGUUGGCGGAAAUUGCCCUGCGGCAAGUCGGAGCUGGUUCCCUGACUGAAAGGGUGGUGAAAGCAGCCGAGGUGGUGGUGGUUGCAGCCACAGUUUCAAUGGGCGUCCAUGGGCCAUGGUAUACAAACUUAAUCGGUAACAUGUGAUGUGGAUUUAUGAAAAGAAUACGAAGAAAAUAACACACACCUGUAAGUAAUGUGUAGAAGCCUGCAUUUAACUCCUCUAGUGGACAAGAGUCUCUCCUUGCAGAUGGAAAACUUAUCCUGUGUUCUAAUAGAACAUAUUGUAAAUAGCGUUUAGAUUUAGGUUAAUGGAGAAGGUUUAUUUUCUGUAAAUGAAAUGGCUUCUCUUUCUUUUCAAUGGGGAAGCCAAACGCCAGGAUGAAUAAUAUUGGAUGUGCUUUUUUAUUGUUUUA